CGCGUCACGUGCAACAUAUCCGGUCAAUCUUACUAUCCCCUGUGAGCUCUACCUCUCACGUAUCCACUUCCAUACCUGCGCCGCUCUCUCAAUCGCGUAAAAGAUUAAAGUGCAAUUGUCAGACAGGGCAUGCAGAUAUGUUUCCUGGUGCAAAUGACAGCUUACGCAGGCAAUCGGCCCCGCACUGGUGACGAUCCGAGCAAGUACAUACUUGACGCAAACUUAUUGAAGAACCACACACUCUCAGAAACAACGCCCGUGGCCGAACUGCAUCGACACCAUGAAUCCAAGACCUAGCGUGGCCUCUGCCCUCGCAGGCGUCCCAUCUGCGACAACAGCACUGUCUCUGUUCUCCCUCUCGCACCGAGUCGCACUCGUCACUGGUGGACACGGCGGCAUCGGGCUCGAGAUGGCUCUGGCGCUCGCUGAAGCCGGCGCUGUCGUCUAUUGUCUCGACCUUCCCUCGACGCCCGAUGCUGAUUGGGUUAAGAUGCAAGGAGCCGCUGGGCCGGGAAGACUGGAGUACGUGAAGGGCGACGUGACGGACCAGAAGGCGCUGUGGGACGCCGUCGAGGACAUCGUCAAGAAGGACGGUUAGAUGUUUGCAUCGCCAACGCAGGUAUCUAUGGGGGUCACGGAUGUUUGGACUAUCCUGGGGAGGAUCUGCGCAAGGUCUUGGACGUCAAUGUAGCAGGUGUAUUUUUCACCGCGCAAGCCGCAGGACGCCAGAUGCAGAAGCUUGGCACUCCGGGUAGCAUCAUUCUCAUUGCGUCAGUGGCAGGCACUGUUAGUCUCAAGGGUGUAGUCGCAUAUAACCAUCAGCCCAGGAUUCAUCGACGCAGGCAUGUUGCGGGUCUUCCUGGAUGAACAUCCCGAGCAGGAGCAGUCGUUCGUCGCGCAUACGCCGAUGGGGCGGAUGGCGAAGGCGGACGAGCUGCGCGGGGCUGCCUUGUGGCUCGCGAGUGACACGUCGAGCUUCUGUACGGGAUCAGA